CAUCAGGCAAAUUCUGCGACAGUCCGCCUCGUUUCGAACGAGGGAAGCAGCAGCGAGGCCUCUGCGUUUCCCAACAUCGCGGCCUCUUUUUUUUCUUCCUUUGGGUGUUGUCGUAUUUCGAAGGAUAUCGUUUGGCAGCCGCUGGUCGGUGCCUCUCUAUCCCUCCAUAUAUACCGAGACUACAGUAUAUUGGGUCCAUCCCACCCCGGCAUUUUCGGCAGGAAGGACCGUCAAACCGUCAAACGGCAUAGAACUCGCGCAAUUACUCGCAGCCAUGACCUCCAUUCCCAUGACCGAAUUUGGCAAUGAGGGCAAGGGAGACUCCACCACCCACCUGCACACCGACCACUCGUCAAACUCAUACAUCUCCUCAGCUGGAAACACCAACAGUGGAGCCCAGUCGCCGCACUAUCGUGCAGCUCCCCACCAGCAGUCAUCACUCCUAGGACGCUUAACCGACUCCCACUUGCACAAUAUCCUGGAUGACCCUGAACUGCUCACGACUUCUUAUGUCGUCUCUUCAAAGACCUUGUUUCGAUUUAGGCUGUUUGGGCUGUUUUGGGUUAUCUUCAUUGUGCCUUUUCAACUCAGGAGGGACCAGGAGACUUAUCUCUUUUAUUUUACUCAACUGACUUGGUUGGGGUUGGGCGCUUGGUUUGCGGUCGCAGCAUUCCAGACCUACCGGUGCAACCGAGAUGGGAACAUGUCCAAGUUCCUGCGGCAGUCGAGGUUCACACAGUGGCUGACAUGGGCGUUGUAUGUCAUGCCGGCGACGUUUCACUGGAUCGUACCCAUUGUCUUCUGGGGUCUUCUCUCGUCAAGCCUGGUUAAGGACGGAGACGGCAUGGCGUGGUGGAGCAACAUAAACGUGCACCUCUUCGACUUUGUCCUCGUUUUCAUCGAGCUCUGCAUCAACCGCAUCCCGCUCUUUUACACACAAUGGCCAAUCAUCGUCAUCCCAGGGCUGCUGUUCCUCGCUUACGCGUUCGUCCAGCAUGCCGCGUAUCACAUUAGUAACUCACCAUCAGGAUGGUGGGUCUACUCCUUCCUCGACACAUCCAAGAACGGCGCAUGGGUCUACUACGUCGUGCUACCGCUCGGGUUCAUCCUCGUUUUUUUGCUUGUGACUUAUGUGCAUAAGCUGAGGGAUCGCAGGAGAGAGAAGCGCGUUGUUAGGGCGUAAGAUGCGCUUUCGGGGACCGAUGCGCACACUUGUACACCCCACUCGAUGGCGCCGCCCGUCCCACGCCUCCUCCGUCACUUCACAUCCCUUACCUCGAGUACUCAUCUCGCCACAUUAGCGGUAUAUCUGCGCUUUCAUCAACCACCGACCAUACGCACACAUCCCUACUCCAAACUCACCCGGCGAUGGCCUUGCCGGCAUUCGCUACAGCGUCGCCAAAGACUGUACAUGAUAUAUAGGACUUAGCACGGUCCCACAUUGGGGCCUUCCUCCACCCUCACUUCCUCAUAUCCCCGCACUUUCAUCCCUACGGACCCUCCUGGCCGGACACAAACGCAUAAAAUAGAGGCUAGACCUGGUGUCAGCACAUAUUUUGAAUAAUCCCACGCUCUGCCGCUUACAGCCAUGGAAACAAAACAAUGCUUUUUGGGCGAUCUCCUCCGAGGGACUUUCUUCGCUUCUGGGAUUCUUACGUUUCUCGGGACACAAGUAUACUAU